CGCGUCCCGUGAAAGCUUUGCCAUUCUAUGCGGCAUGAUCGAGUAUGUCAACAAAACACGUGGUUGUGCCGCUGCGGCUGUUGCGAUGUGCGCUUUUCGAACGUCGCUGAAUUUUUGCGUUGACCUGAGCUAUUUAUUGUACAGAUAAGUGUUUAGGUGAUCACCAUGAGCGCCGACCGAGUCUUCAGAUUGCUGCUGGCAGCUACUGUGCUCGUAGUUGGCUUUACGCAAGACUCAAGAGAGAAUGUACUACAUGUCCAACAAUAUCGAAAAAUGUUCAAGAUGCGUCGCGCCGAGCGUCUUGAAGCAGUGAAGAGUAUAUUGAAGCUAGACAAUUUUGAAAAGCAAGCCAAACUAGUCAACAUUGUGUUGGACAAAAUUAAUGAGGUGCUUACGACGUCCAAGUUGAAACUUGAGAGUUCGGACUACAUUCCUGGCGGCGCCUUCCCAGAGGACGAAAGUACGAGAGACGCAUUGUCCCAAGUGUUGGAGAACACGGCCUUCUUUGGGGAAAUAAUCCUUCGACUGCCAAACAUAGCUCAUGCUGUGUUGAACAUGAACAAGGCCGGCGCUGUGGUACUCAAUUGGGCCAUUGGUUUUUCAAACUCCACGGAACUCUAUGAUGAAACCACAACCAAACUGAUCAAUCUGGUUGCUCAGGAACUGGGCUUGGUUGAGAGGGACCCCAAUUAUCAUAACCCGUAUGCAGUAAAGCAAGCCAAAAGCGAGUCUCCGGUGCCACCAACAGAGCCAGUGCCCAAAAAGAAGAAAAAGAAGAUCCAGCGAGGCCCACGGCUAAGUCGAGCAGAGCUGUGAUUGCGUAGCUUGGUGAGCAGCCCUGUUCGUGUUUGUGAUAUUUUGUUACAUCGACUGC